AUGCUCCCCAACUACAACAACCACUGGCAAGAAGCCAGAAAUAGAAACACUAAUCGUCAACCAAACCAAUAUCACGUACCCUACAACGGCCCUGUCUUCCAUCGACCUCUACCACCUACCAAUCGCCGACCACCAACCAACCCAUCCAGCUAUAUCCCACCCCAUCGCCGACCUACCUACAACACAGCAUACCAAUCAAGAGGUAACCAUCGACCUGACCAACAACAGAAACGACUACCAGCCCACCGACGCCAACCAGUCCCCACUCAUAAGGAGGAAGAACCCUUUGUGAAGGUGUUCUUCCAAGUUUUGCAGUGCCUCCAUCAUUUGGCAAUCCUUACCCUUCAACAGCAAGGCCAACCAGCGUUUACCUUCAAACGCAAAGUCUCUGAGUUGGAUAGUUUUAUCCGUCCAGCAAUGAAAACAUCAGCUGUCGACGCGAAUAUUAGAUCCCUCAAUCGGACAUGGCUCUGUAAGGUUACGCAGGUCCUGAUCGACCAUUACCAAACCACACUUCAAGAGAAGCUGACCACCAUUCGUACCAAGUCUUUAUUAUCACCUGCCGUCGACCGCAUCGUUUCUCAUGCCCUGUCCUGGGCCCGUCGCUCCUAUGGGAAACGUCUCACUCAAGCUGUAAUCUCCAAAUUCUACCAAACAAUCAACGAAACAAAAACCAGAGUAACCAUAUCUCUACAAACUGAAAUGGACACUACACCUGCACCAUCUAGAGCCACCACGCUGCCGAACCAAACCCCUAAACGAGCCCGAAGUUCACCUACUCCUAGUCCAGCAGACAUAGGUAAACGCUCUCGUAGAGAGGGCACACCCCUUCUCUUUUCACUUUCAGACUCGUCUUCCCCUUCCACACCAUCUGAAUCUUCACCACGUGAUCCAGGAUCCGCCAACCUUUCUUCCUUCUGUGCAUUUUUGGACCAGCAAACCACCCCUCAGUCUCCAUCCAAGUCGAGACGUGUAUCCAGACCUUCCCCUCCUCGAACCAGAUCCCAGUCCGUUCCCAAUGCUACAAUUCUAACGACUACCAAACCAGUACCAAUCACAUCGUCGACGACCAUUAUAUCCGCUACCAAACCGUAUUAUCACCAAACCAAGGACAAAUCAUUAUGGAAACUACCUGCUCUAAAGAAAUCUACCUUAAUAAUUGGAUCAUCUAACCUGAAUCGAAUUACCAAAACCAGUUCAGACACCGAAAUACAUUCUUACCCCGGUGCCCAAAUCCAUCACAUACAGUCAAUCCUGGAAUCAUACGACCAUGAUCCCAAACCUACUACCAUUAUUUUUCAUUGUGUUUUGGAACCAUUCUAG